UCUUAGCGCUCUUUCACAUGGUCAGGAUAUUUAUCCGUCCGUAUGAUCGCCCAGCCGGGCAGCACCCUGGAGCUCUCUUCACACGGGUGGACGGGUGUGUGCGAAAAUCCGGACCACUUUUUGCUAGGUACUUCAGUUUGCCGCUGAUUAUGAUGGACAGUAGACGCAAAACGAUUUUGUUCGCUUUAUUAAAACAUCGGCGAAAAAAACAACGUAAUAGGCAAAUUUGGGUUCACCCUUUGCUAGAAAGCAGAUACCUGGAAGGAGCAUUCUUUGUGCUUUUUCAACAACUGAAAGAAGACGAAACUAAGUUUUUAAAUUAUUUUCGUAUGAGCGUUUCUUCUUUUGAUGAGUUGCUGCAACGUGUGCAGACACAGCUACAAAGACAAGAUACAAAUAUGAGGAAUUGCAUCCAACCUGAACAAAUGUUGGCUGUUACAUUAAGGUAGCUGGCUAGUGGAUGUAGCUUUACAGAUCUGUAUUAUAGCUAUCGAUUGGGAAUUUCUACAAUUUCAAAAAUUAGAGGUCUGUGACAUUCUUUGGUCGUGCUUAGUUGAAGAAUGUAUUCCGAAACUUACGAAAGAACGUUUUGAGUCAGUAGCUGCUGGAUUCGAAAAACGAGCGAAUUUUUUCCACUGCAUUGGUGCUGUGGACGGGAAACACAUUAGAAUUGUAAAACCCGAGUUUAGUGGUUCCUUAUACUAUAAUUAUAAGUCCUAUUUCUCAGUUGUGUUGAUGGCAGUUGCUGACUCGAAUUAUCGGUUCAUUUAUGUUGAUGUAGGUGCAUAUGGGAGUGAGUGUGAUUCAAGUAUAUUCAAAGAAAGUAGUUUGUGGAAGAGUAUACAAAAAAAGUCCUUGGAAUUGCCAUCUGCAAAGCCUCUACCUGGUUCUGAAGCUCCAAACGUACCUUAUUUUCUCAUGGAUU